ACACGCUGAAAAGAGCGCUUCAGGCAAGUUUACAAACUCUUAAGUCUUCUUCAUCACCGGUGCAUAAAGGCAACGCUUAAUUUAGCUGUGAAUGAACGUGUGGCUUCUGUUAAUAGUCACUGCUUCCUCCGGGUUCAGGUGGCUGAGGCUCUGCCGGUUCAGUCUCAGGCAGACGUCAUGCAGAGAGAGCUGGAGAGCUGCUUGAGUCUGGAGUACACUCCUGACAGCCUUCCUCCUCUGCUGCACCAGUUUUAUACAGACAGGUCCUAUCACCUGGCUCAGAUCAAAUAUCAGCUCAUGCUCAGAUGGACGAGAUUCUGCCGCCACACCAGCGUCAUCGAGCAGCUUUAUCCUCAUUUUAAGGCUCAGGUGUUGCAUUUGACCCGCGAGUACGAGGACGCCGUCCAGAGAGCUCGCAGACUGUCGGAGAGCCGAGAGAGGAUCCUGACGGGCCGGGGGAGCUCUGCCAGCCUGCUCGCCCAGGACGACGUGGCCAUUUACCUUCGCUGGCUGGUCUGCCAUCUGCACUCAGUUCAGAAUGUUCACAACUUCCUCAGGGUCCUGCACUACAUCCCGGUGUGUGACAGAAAAGACAAGGAAGCUCAAUCAGAUGUCGAAGAGGAAACUUUAACUGAGACUGGAGAUGCUGGUGGUUUCUCUGGGCUUGCUGAGGAUGUUCCGCACCACACGGUUCACCUGGAGGAGUUUUUACCUGAGCUGCAGUCUCUGAUCUCAUACUUCCAGCUGCCAUACGACACAGAGAAACUCAGGACCUCUGCGGACGAGAUGGAGUUAUUCAGCAUGGUGUGGAGGGAGUUCAGAGCGAUCUUCAGGCAUCAGGAGCAGAUGAGGACGUUUCCUCAGUACGACGCUACAGACGUCAGGGAGAGUGAGUGGGGGAGGAAGAGCGCAAACAUGGCUCUGAGGAAGGAGGCAAACUGGAUCCCCUUCAUCCAGGUGAAGCCCAGACGAGAUCCGUGGCAGCAGAAACUCGUCACAGAGCUGAAGGAAAGGAAAAAUGUCGAUGAGCUGCUGAAGAUGCACAGCAGGUUCCUUCAGGUCCCUCACCUGCCCCAUGUGGCUGCAGCUCUGAAGCGACACGCCUCUCAUGUUGGCGACUCGCCGUCCACAUCUGUGUCCCACUGCAGCAAAACCCAGAGACAGAAGAUCUCUGAGAUCUGGACCAGCGUUUACAACACGGCCACUGUCACUCAGGAAACGCACAAUCACUGGUCCGGAUCCAGAUACACUGAAGGCAGUGAGAGAGAGAAGAGUCGACCAUCAGCAUCAAAAAGUGACGAGUGUCUGCAGGCUUUGGGUCUAGAUGAUGAUCUGGAGGAGGUCAGCUCAGAUCUGCUCUUGACCAGAGGAGCUUACCUGUCUCUGAUUUUUCUGCAGCAUCUGAAACUCAGAGAGCUUCAGCGUGUCUCUUUGGGGUUCCUGAACUACCUGCGGUCCGUGGAGAGGACUUUGACCUUUGACCUUGCAGGCCUGCAGCUGGAGGAGCAGGAGCUGUGCAGCACGGCUGAGGACACGGGCUGGAUGAACGCCGCCCGGGGAGGAGACGGCGAGGCGGGAGGUCUCAGCUCGCUCCAGCACAUCCACAACUCUCCUGUUGAUUACAAGGUGAAACACACAACAGAGACUGACGGAAGAAGUUCCCCCUUUCCCAUCAUGCAUUUCCUGAAGCCAUAUGUAUGUAGCUGCGAGUAG